UUUUUUUUUGAAAUUUCAAAAGAUCUUUGAAUGUUGUCCUAUGAUGAUAUGACCGAGCGACAGCGCGAGGUGUACGACUACGUCAAGAAUGAGGUCGUCCUAAUGCUUAGCGGCGCUCGCAUGAACGAGGCAGAAGCACAGGCCGUUGUUGAAGGGCUCAAAGUGAACACGAAGCUGAUCUUCCUCUCGCUGAGUGCGAAUCCUAUUGCAGCGGUGACGAUAGCUGACUUGCUCAGAGUGAACAAGACGAUCCAGAACCUCUUUCUGCAAGAGAAUCAGAUUGGCGAUGCUGAUGCUGUGGCAAUCGCUGAUGCACUCAAAGUGAACACAACGCUGAAUGAUCUCGAUCUGAAAGUGAAUCAGAUUGGCGAUGCUGGUGCGGUGGCCAUCGCUGAUGCACUCAAGCUGAAUAUGACGCUGAAAAAGCUCAGACUUGAUGAGAAUCAGAUUGGCGAUGCUGGUGCGGUGGCCAUCGCUGAUGCACUCAAGCUCAACACGACGCUGGCAAGGCUCCUUUUGGUUGAGAAUCAGAUUGGCAAAGCAGGAGCGCAGGCGAUUGCUGAAGCACUCACAGUGAACACGACGGUGACUGAGCUACGACUUGAUAAGAAUCAGAUUGGCGAUGCUGGAGCGCAGGCGAUUGCUGAAGCACUCAAAGUGAACACGACGCUGACUGAGCUACGUCUGCACCAGACUCAGAUUGGCGAUGUUGGAGCGCAGGCAAUCGCUGAAGCACUCAAAGUGAACACAACGCUGAUCGACCUCCAGUUGUCUGGCAAUCAAAUUGGUGACAUUGGAGCGCAGGCAAUCGCUGAAGCACUCAAAGGGAACCCGACGGGGAUCACAGUCGAUCUAAACUCUAAUUGCAUUGAUCGUGCCUUUGUUCAAUUGGUUAAACAGGCACAGAAAACCAAAAACCGUGGGCUUUACCUUUCCAACGACACUCAGUUCAACCCACUUGUAUUCUCUUUACUUCCACGAUUGGCGAGUACUGAAGACAUCCAAGCAGUUCUCGGCAUGCUGACCAGCGGGUUGGAGCUGGAGAAUCAAUCCCAAUCUCUACCAGCUCUACCAACCGAGAUUGCCGAGCUCAUUAUGGACGAAGCGUAUUACUGGCAAGGCGUUCAACACGCCAAACGAAUGCAUGGUGACCAGCACUAUACUUUGACAGUCACCGUGCCUCGGAGCGUCAUCGGAAAUUCGAUCCGCGUGAAAACAAUUCAAGUGCUUCGUGAGUGGAAGUUGUGUCCCGACACCAUCAGUGACUGUGUUUUCGACUUAACUGUCCAGGAUGAACAAGGUGCUGUUCGAUACGAAUGUCUUGUGCAGCCGACUUUCGUCGAUUCAAACCUCCUCCAGCUUGCGACAAUCUGGCCAGCCAAUCAUCCUAUCCUCCGGCAAAUGCGCGAGGGUUGGCAAGUUCGAGUUGCACGCAGCAAGUCUAACGAAUAUGUGCGAUUUGAAGCGCUUUAUGUCGGGUAUGUCUAAAGUGCAGCCUUUGGAGCAAAACGCCUUUUUUCCCCCUUUUCGAAUAUGUUGAACGUUCCCAACAGUGUUUCAGCAGGUUUAAGUGUUCGACCUUCUUGAGAGAUGAGACAAAAGCCUCGAAUGAACAGGCUGAAAUGCAAUUGGCUUCUUGUCGACCGACUCACAUUGAUCGAACAAGAUGAAAAACCGCACCUUUGGCGCUGUGCUGUCGUAUCAGUGUGUAAAGUCAGGAAUGAGAGCUCGAGGCAGAGAAGACCAACUUUAACUUUAUUGGAGCAGUGCG